AUGCCCAAGAACAAGGGAAAGGGAGGCAAAAACAGACGUAGAGGAAAGAACGAGAACGACAAUGAGAAGCGCGAACUCACAUUCAAGGAGGACGGGCAAGAAUACGCCCAGGUCCUGAAGAUGUUGGGCAACGGCAGACUCGAGGCCAUGUGCUUCGACGGUGUCAAGCGUCUCGGUCUCAUCCGCGGCAAGCUCAGGAAAAAGAUCUGGAUCAACAACGGCGACAUCAUCCUCGUCUCGCUCCGCGAGUACCAGGAUGAGAAGGGUGACGUUAUCCUCAAGUACUCCGCCGACGAGGCUCGUUCUCUCAAGGCCUACGGCGAGCUCCCAGACACCGCCAAGAUCAACGAGACCGACACCUUCGGCCCCGGCGAGGAUGGCGACUGCGGCUUCGAGUUCGACGAGGACCGUGACAGCGACGACGAGGGCGGCGCUGCGGGCGCCAGCAAGGAUAUCGAGAUUGAUGACAUUUGA